GAGCACCACAGGAUGUUACCCAUUCCAGAGGAUGUGUCACAUCCCGACAUGCUCUUCUUUGCUCUCAGAUGUCUCAAGGAUCAAUCAUCUGAAAGACCAAGUCUACAGAUAUUUUCGACAUUACUGUCUUUCACCUAGAAAGGUAAGGAAGAGCGAAAUUCUGUCAUUUCCGUCGUAUUCUGAUGAUUCAUUAUAGUUCAUAUUUCUAUCAACGUUCACAUCAUUCGUCGUUUGUUGUAUAAAACUUGUCCUGUGUCGUACGAACAAUUGAACUGUUGCAACUUCUUGUCUGUGCGAGGGUAUAAUCAGUUGCUUGACGCAGGGAGAUAGAUAGGAUAGACGCCGUGUGUAGCUGUUGUGUCGAAGCCACAUACAGGAGGUAUUCGUUCGCUAUCAUAUCUUACCACGAUAUCUUUCUGUACCACAGUACAGCUUUCACGAUAAACAAAAUCGCCUCUACUUCAGGAUGCACAUCAAGAUCUCCCAAUGGCGACCAUCGAUGCCGAGGAGCUCAGAGAAAGAAUUGGGCGAUUUCGAGUCCUGAUCAUAGGAAGAGCAAACGCAGGCAAAACAACCAUUCUUCAGAAGGUCUGCAACACCACAGAUCAACCAGACAUUUACGAUGCCAAAGGAAACAAGAUCGAUGCUGACGUCGUGAAAGCCUCGAUCAAGCGUGGAAAUCACGACAUCACGAAUGAGAUGGUCUUCAAGAGUAAUCCCAGUUUCGUCUUCCACGACUCGUGUGGUUUCGAAGCGGGAUCCGAAGAAGAAUUCGAGAGCAUGAAGAGAUUUGUCUCAGAGCGUGUACACGCAACGAAACUGGAGGAGGGACUGCAUGCUAUCUGGUAUUGUAUUCCGAUGGACGAAUCCUGUCGGACAUUCCAGCGGUCAGAGGAAAAGUUCUUCUUUGAGUGUGACACUGGGCACGUUCCCGUGAUUGCGGUGUUCACCAAGUUUGAAGCUCUACGUCCAGUCGCGUAUGGAGAAAUUAAGAACGAGAUACAGGGUGUAUCUAGAGAAGAACGGUCAAAAAGGAUAGCCCAACGCGUCGAAGAACUAUUCACUAAGACGGCUGUUUGUGAUCGGUUGUGCGACCCUGGAAACCGUACACGUCCUAAGUUUCAUGUACGCUUGGAGAAUAUGAACAAGCCGGAUACAAACUGUAACGUUCUACUGGAACGCACCACUUUCGCAUUGGACAGCGAAGAAUUACGGUUGUGCUUGGUGUCGACACAACAAUCAAAUCUGGACCUUUGUAUCAAGUGUGCUGUCGCAACCCUCGUUGGUCGUGCACAUAAGCAAUCUGGGCUACGUCGGGUCGAUUAUGAAGUCAAUCAGUAUGCCAUUGCUAAGUGGUUUGCACAUCUCCAAGUAAGACGAAGAUUCAUUCAAUCUGACAAUACCCCGGUAAUGGUGCUCAUAAAUGGUAAACACUGA